UAGUAUCCAAUCUUUUGGUAAACGCUUAAUAAAAUAAAAAUGUCUCAACCUCUCAAAGUGUGGUCCAAAUUCUCAGUCACCAAAAAAGAUGGCAGUGUUUUAAAUUUACGUAUCGUAGACAUACCCAAAGAUCCAAAGUUGUUAGAAAAAGCACUAGACUACUUCUUUAAUUAUUUCAUUAAAGAAGAACGUACAUUCAAGGCAGCGGGAGUUCCAGAUAGUGAAGAAGCUAUGCAAGAGUUAAGAGCGGUCUUUGAUUACUCAAUGAACCCUGCGAACAAGAAAAAAGUUGAGUUUAGCAUUUGUUGCUUAGAUACUGAAGAUGAUCAGAUUAAUGACAUUAUAGGUGCAUCACUACUAGUGCUCCAAACAAAGGCCGAUGAAACAAAAAAGCAUACUUUCAUGGCAAAAGAAUUGAACAAAGUUUCUCAAAUGGCAGAAGAUUUAGCGGAGAUUUAUGACGAUAGAAGGGCAUUCAAUUUAGAUCCUUACCUCCUUUGCAGAGGAGUCUUUGUAUGUCCGGAGUACAGGGGUCUUGGUAUUGCCCAGGAACUUCUUAGAAUCAGACGACUUAUUUCCAAGGAGUAUGGUAUACCUAUCACGGGUGCCUGGAUGACGUCACCUGGCACACAGAAAGCCGCAGAGCGUGAUGGCUGGGAAACCGUCUGCGAAGUCAAGUUCUCAGACUUGUAGAAGAAGUUUAACGUUACCUACGAGAAAUAUCCACCUACCACUAAAUUUAUGAUCGCUAGAAUACAACUUUGCAUAUUACAAUUUAAUACAUAUUUUUAUAUAAAAUUAUUAAUAAUUUUAAUGAUUUCGUCCGAAAAAAAGAUUCAUGAAAAUGUUA